ACACAUAUUUAGCUCUUCUAAUUAAUCCUACUCGUUCCAUAUUUUGUUUUGCUUGCCAACACAACGUCAAAGCCGUUCAAAUUCGACGCGGGAUGGACAACAAUGCUGCUAUGCUCUUUCGCCCGCCUAAUGAAAUGUUACAAAAAAUGAGUCAAGAAUUGUUCAAAAUUGGAGAAAUUGAUGCUUCUUAUGAAAAUUAUUACAAACAAUUGCUUUACAAAAAUAGGGAUGUUAUUGCGACAAAACAGCGUGAAUUGGAGAAGGCUAACAGAGAGAUUCAGCAAAUGGCUGCUUUACUUGAGGACCAUAAAAAGGAAAUUCGUCAAUUAAAGAAUAACGCAACUAUUUGUAUUAUGUCCGAUAGCUCUAUUAUGAUGCCGCCUCCAAUUAAACGCCAGAAAUACCCAACAUUGAAUGGACCUUCUCCUUUUAGUACGCCUCUUUCUUUUUGUGAUUGCAAGACUAGCACUCCGAUUAUGAGUGACUACCUUCCGUCUAAUACAAAUAUGCUGCCUUCUUUUUGUUCAACGCUUGCUCGUUCAAAUUCGAACAAUAACAACAGCAACAAUAUUCUCCAAUUAUUAACUCCUCGUAGAGCGUUAGAGGAAAGUAUGUUGGCUGGUAGAGUGCAGUUGCCAGGAACUCCUCUUAUGAUUUGGAACAAUAAAUAA